AUGCCCUCCCUGCCCACUGGCCAUGUUGUGUCGCCUUCCAACGUCAAACACGGCAAGCAUGCGAUCCUCCUGCAAGCACACACAUUCACCUCAUGCCUUACCAUCAUGACAGCCCAGGAACUUGAGACUGACACGGAUGCUCCCCAGCUUGCACCUGACGACGCCUGGCUAAGCUAUUACGAUGUGCGACUUACCAAGGAAGAUAUAAGCUCGCUAAAGAAUGAUUGGUUGACCGACAAUGUAAUUCAAUUCUGGGAGGAGUACCUUGAGCGGGAGUUCUUGACCAGCUACAAGAACUCCAAAAUCAUUCUGUUGCGACCUUCGAUGUCGUUCAUGAUUGGCGUUACACCUGACCGGAACAUAAACGCGAUCAAGUCUGCGCUUCCGAGCUUCGACGGCAUCACCCAUGCCUUUUUGCCGAUCAACGACUGCCAAAAUCCUAAUGAGGCAGAGGGAGGUACACAUUGGUCGCUCCUCCUAGUGUCUAUCGUCGAUGGUGUCGCAUUUCACUACGACUCACUGCCUCCUGGCAAUCAGUUCGAUGCCGCCGUGAUCACCCGGAGGUUGGCUAUGCUCAUUGGAAAACCGCUCCGUUUCAUUCAGCUACAUGAUAGCCCUCAACAAGAGAAUUCAUCCGACUGCGGAGUAUUUGUGUGCCUCAACAUGCGGCAUCUACUACUCAAGAGGCUGUUGCAGGUACAUACGAACGAGAAAGUCAGCAUGAGUCUAGGUGGCAGAAGGGUGGACGCAAGAGAAGGUCGAAAAGAGAUGUUCCGCGUUAUUGAAGGGUUUCGAAAGGAGGGCGAAAGGCGGCGCUCGUGA